CCCCAAGGCCUAUCCCUUCCCCGGACCCCCACUGCGGUCCCUUCCCCAUUCCAAAUUCCGAGUUGCCCCGAGUCAUUACUCAUUCUAGGCCUCCCGCGGUCCGGAAGGCUUUCCGAGGUAUUCAUUACUAAACCACUUCCCAACCCCCACCCCUACUCCCGCCCCGCCCUGACAGUUCCUUCCCAAUUUCCUUUCGUUUUUCAACACUUUUUACAUUUUCCGGGGAAAGGAGUUGAGAGGGUCUUGUCGGCUUGAAAACAGUAAAGGCUCCUCGAAGGACAAGUUCUGGGUCCCCGAACCCUGGCUCUGCGACGCUCAGCCUCUCUUUAGACCUUUUGUAAAAUGAGGCGCUGUCCUCUCUCUUUCAAGUGUGUGUGCGUGUGUGUGUGCGUGUGUGUGUGGAGGGGGGAGAAGAGAGGGCUGUGAGACGCCCCUACGGGGUCAGAAUCCCACUUAUUCAUGGAGUGCUGUGUGACCUCAGGCCAGUUUCUUAACCUCUCUGUGCCUAUUUUCUUCUUUGUGAAACGGAGUUAAAAUAGUUACUGCCCGCCCAGUUGGAAAUUGCAAGGAAGGAGUUUAGAAGAGUGCCUGGAAUCAAGAACGCACUCGCCAAAUGGUGGCAGAAGUCAAGUGCCUUUAUUCAACUAAUAUUUCCUGAGCAUCUACUGGUUGCCAGGGCUGCCUCCCUAGCCAAGGCUCCAGGAUAAAAGGCCUGGGCACCUGGGUCCUGCUUCCUCCUCUCCAGCCUGGAUCAUACUUUGGCUUCUCCCUCCUCUGGCGUUCCUUGGAGCGCUGGCAGCCCCAGAAGGGACCUCCAAGACAUGUCCAGCCUGCCCUUUGCUGGGAAACUGCACGGAGAUAACCUGACCUCUGGCCCAGGACUCCUGUUUAUUCAGCCAGAUGCAGAUGGGUGGGGGACCAGCCUGGGGGAGGGGGCUAGGCAGAGAGGAUGGACGAAAUGGGUGGGUGGAGGUUGGAGGGGAAAGGUGUAGACAAGCCCCCUGGGACUGGCGGUCCCAAACUCCCUCUUGGCUCAGCUUGGUGCUGCUGGGCUCGGUGGGGUGUGGGGUGUGGGGGUGUGGUCUCAACUCCAGCUGAGGUCCCAGAUUGACCUCUGGGGAUGGCUGCAAAGGAGGCAGAAGUCCCACAGGGCUUGAGGGGGGCGUCUCUAAUCUCCCUCCUCAACAUCUGUCACCAGCAAAUGGGACUCUCAUUAGGAAUGGUCCUGCAUGGCCCCCGAGGAGUGCCGCGAAGGUAUCUAUGUCCUGACCUACGGUCCUGGCUUGAGUCUCCAGGUCAGCACGGCCUGUUGUGAGAGUGACUGCAGCCUGUCUACCCUACAAGAGGCAGAACCCGAAGCUCAGCCCAAUGGGGUGAAGUGUCGCUACUGUUCUGGGGAUAAGACGGCCCCGUGUGACUCCAUUUCGGUCAUGAACUGCACCGGGAACCAGACUAUGUGUCUCACCCCCAACGGGACACGGCAUGGAGGGGUUCCCCAGGUCCUGAAGGGCUGUGCUACCCUGGAGUUCUGCCAUCUGCAAGCAAACACCACCCUGGGCCCGGAAGCGUGUGGAUUUCAUCUCACUGCCAAGCCUGAAUGCAACUAUGUGGCUCCUCCCACCCAGUCAGGUCCCCGUGCACCUGCAACCCACACCAAGGCUAAGGUCACCACCUGUUUCACCUGCUCAGAGCUUUACCACUGCAGCCCUCUCCCCUUCCCAGAAGAAAGGACCCACUGCCUUCAGACAGCGGGCAUCACAGCCUCAGGUGAAGGUAACUCUGUCGCCUGGAGAAAUGGUUCCUGCAUGGCCUCCGAGGACUGCCCAUCUGACAACUCCAUCUCUGCCCUGACCUACAGCAUUGGCUUUGGUUUCUGGGUCAACACCACCUGUUGCCAAGGCAACUGCCAGGCGCCCACCCCUCUGGCCACUCUGCCGGCCUCAAGCACCCUGAGCAAGUUCCUGUGUCCUGCAUGUCCCGAGGGCCUCUCGGGGCCCUGCAACCACUCCUUCUACAUGCAGUGUCCCAGCGAGGAGACCGAGUGUGUCCAGCUGGACCUGGUGUCUGAAGAAGGUAAGUGUGCAUGCGUGCCCAUGUGCAGAAGUGAGCCUGAUGCCCUGCUGUUGGGUGGAGGCAGGCCUGGGUUUGGGGUCCAUCUCCAUCACUGAGUCUAUGUGGCCCAAGACAAGCAACUUCAUGUCUUCGAGCCUCAGUUUUCUCCUCUGAUAAAUGGGGAUGGUGGGAGCACAUCUCACAGGGUUUUGUGAGGAUAAAGUGCGUUCAUGAGCAAGGUGGUGGAGUAGAGG